AUGAAUAAAUUAAGUCCCUCGGUUUCAAGUUGUGGUCAGUUGAUCACGGUUUCAGCUGCAUCAGAAUACUCGGAAAUUCUUCAAGCGUUAUUUCAGUUUUUGCUUCAAAGCAUUUCUUUAUGUAAUGUUUCACGUGAUUCGAUAAGAAUUUAUAAAGAUUAUCGUACAAGAGAUGAUGAAGGCCCGCUGUGGCACAUCAUAAUAACUGUACAUGGAAGUCAACAUAGACAACAAAAAGUAAAACACGAGAAGCGGCAAAUGUGCAUAAAUAUGUACGUACAGUUGAAGUUCUUCGAAGUGAUUGCUUUACAAAACAAUAAAAUAACUAAAGUUACCAAGUUUUGCUUUAUGUUUCCAAACUCACAGUGA